AAGCAGCGGACGAAGCCAGAUAUAGGGAAGAAAGCCCGCCUGAACUUUCUAGGCGCUCUGACGUCGGGUCGGAUUUGGUUGCUGAGAAACUGAAGGAAAAGGCAACAGAAUCUCCAUCACUGGCCGGCUAUUUCUUCAUCUGAACUUCAUUUUACAUCACUAAAUUCGAAACCGAACAGCGAUGCAAGCUGUAGUUCUGAAUACACCGUCAUACUGCAGGACCCAACAAGCCCUAGAACCACCUUCUUGUUCUCGCUCAUCAAAGGGUACAAGCUUUUUCGGCAACCAUGUCUAUUUAAGGAAGGUUGGUUUUCUUGUGCCGCUGAGUUUGUUUCGCUCUGGUCGAAUUCGUUAUCCGCACGGUAUACGACGCCGGCUGGUUGUGAACGCCGUCGCGACUCCGGAUCCAGCUCUGGAAUUGCCACUAACUGCUGAUAAUGUAGAAAGUGUGCUGGAUGAAAUUCGUCCAUAUCUAAUUUCUGACGGGGGGAAUGUGGCUUUGCAUGAAAUUGAUGGUAAUGUUGUAAGGUUGAAGCUACAAGGAGCAUGUGGCUCCUGUCCAAGUGCUGUUACCACAAUGAAAUUGGGUAUUGAGCGUCGUUUAAUGGAAAAGAUCCCUGAAGUAGUGGCAGUAGAACAAGUAGCUGAUGAAGAAACUGGCCUUGAGCUAAAUGAAGAAAAUAUUGAGAAGGCGUUGGAGGAAAUAAGGCCAUACCUGGUUGGAGCAGCUCAAGGGUCUCUGGAGCUGGUAGCCAUUGAAGAGCCAAUAGUGAAGGUCCGGAUCACUGGUCCAGCUGCUGGCGUCAUGACUGUGCGUGUUGCUGUUACACAAAAGUUGCGGGAAAAAAUACCUUCCAUAGCCGCCGUUCAGCUUUUAUCAUAAAUUUUAGGAUGAAGACAUGAGAAUCAUUGUACCAUUACAAUUCUUUGUGCCCAAGACGCGCAAGAAAGCCAGCCAAACUAUUAUAUUUGUAUAAUGUAUAGUAUGUAUUUAGCAGCAGGUUGAAACAUCUCUUGGAUAAAUUCAAUAGUCAAAUGCUUCUACGUGAAAUGGAAUAAAGGGUUCGUUAUUGGAGCCAAA